AGAAAUUUAAUUAUACGGGGCAAAUGACAUCAGAAAUCUAUCUUCUUAUCCUAUAUCUCCUUUCACUGAAAGCACUUACUUCAAACUAUGGCUACUCUUGUUGGAGGAACAACCUCUUCUAUACUAGCAAUUCUUGCUUCUAAAUCCAUCUCCUCUCACCCCUCCAUCGUUUUCCUCUCCCAUCCUUCCUCAGGCAUAUUUUAUAAUGCCCAUUUCUUUGGGGUUUCUCCAACUUUAUUCCUGUUUUUGUCUGUAUUGUUUAUAUUUUUGUACUGAUUGCAGGUUUUAGCGCGGGGAAGAAGUUUUAUGGAGGGACAGUACUUCCAGUAAACAAAGGGAGAUCUCCAUUCCAUUUUUCAGUUUCGAAUGUUGCCACUGAAGCUACCCCUGCUCAACAUCGGGCUCAAAAGCUUGCAGCUAAUGAUAGCAGGCCGGUGUAUCCCUUUUCUGCAAUAGUAGGACAAGAUGAGAUGAAAUUAUGUCUGUUGCUCAAUGUAGUUGAUCCAAAGAUUGGAGGAGUCAUGAUCAUGGGAGACAGGGGAACUGGGAAGUCCACAACGGUCCGAUCCUUGGUAGAUUUACUUCCUGAAAUCAAAGUGGUUUCAGGCGACCCAUUCAAUUCGGAUCCAGAUGAUCCAGAGGUGAUGAGUGUGGAAAUCCGGGAGAAAAUAUCAACAGGUGAAGAACUACCCGUGGUCCUGACCAAAAUCAACAUGGUUGACCUUCCAUUGGGUGCGACUGAGGAUCGGGUGUGUGGGACCAUCGACAUCGAAAAGGCUCUCACGGAGGGUGUGAAAGCAUUCGAGCCGGGCCUUCUGGCGAAAGCCAAUAGAGGGAUUCUUUAUGUUGAUGAGGUUAAUCUAUUGGAUGACCAUUUGGUGGAUGUUCUAUUGGACUCUGCUGCCUCUGGAUGGAACACGGUCGAAAGAGAGGGAAUUUCAAUAUCACAUCCGGCUCGGUUCAUUCUCAUUGGGUCUGGGAACCCGGAGGAAGGGGAGCUAAGGCCACAGCUUCUUGACCGGUUUGGGAUGCACGCACAGGUGGGGACCGUCAGGGACGCUGAGCUGAGAGUGAAGAUUGUAGAGGAGCGGGGACGCUUCGAUCAAAACCCUAAGGAAUUUCGGGAGUCUUACAAAGAAGAACAAGAGAAGCUCCGGAACCAGAUUGAUUCGGCUAGGCGUGCCCUUUCUUCAGUCACACUUGAUCACAAUCUUCGGGUCAAGAUCUCAAAAGUAUGUGCUGAGCUGAAUGUUGAUGGGCUAAGGGGUGAUAUAGUCACAAACCGGGCUGCAAGGGCGUUGGCUGCCCUAAAAGGAAGGGGUGAGGUGACUCCUGAGGAUAUUGCAACAGUGAUACCCAACUGUUUGAGACACCGUCUCCGGAAAGAUCCGUUGGAGUCGAUUGACUCUGGGCUGCUUGUCGUUGAGAAAUUUUAUGAGGUUUUUAGUUGAGAAAGGUUUGAAGAGAUAAACUCCCAUUCAAGUUGCAGUCGUGUUGUUGAAUUUAGGUGUCCUUGUUGAAGUUAUAUUUGAUUUAGUGAUCUCUAUGUAUGAGGUAAACCAAUACUUUCUUCCUUUGAUUAAUGACAUUCUGUUCAAUCUUACAUGAGAUAUCAAAGGUGUACCCGCUCUUGUAAUCUGAAAUUCUGAGAGUAAUGCAUUGACCAUAUUCACCUAGUGAUGCACCGAUGCAGUUCUCAUCAUUUUUGCUAUCAUUUAAUGAAUAAAGCAGUCAUUUUAUUUAAAAA